GGCUCGACAGCAAUCUGUCUGAUGGGCUGGGCGCUCAGGAGUUGCGUCGGAGAGGAGUUUUUCUCGUGUUGGGGGGGAGAAAAGCAUUAUCGAUAGCCUUCUUCUGAGUUCCAGCUCUCGUUUAUGCUAGUUCGGGUUUACACAAAAGACUAAACUGACUGCCGCCGUCAGUGUGUUUCGUUGAAAGCUAACGGUUUAUCGUCGGGGAAACUUUCCACAGAAGUGACAGCGACCUAGCAGAAGCGGCGUGCGUCAGGAUGGCCCAGUGGAACCAGUUACAGCAGCUGGAGACCAGGUAUCUGGAACAACUCUACCAUCUGUACAGCGACAGCUUCCCGAUGGAGCUGCGGCAGUUCCUCGCCCCGUGGAUUGAGAGUCAGGACUGGGCUUACGCUGCCAACAAGGAGUCGCACGCCACGCUGGUGUUCCACAACCUCCUCGGAGAAAUAGACCAGCAGUACAGCCGCUUCCUGCAGGAGAACAAUGUCCUCUACCAGCACAACCUCCGCCGAAUCAAACAGCACCUGCAAAGCAAAUAUCUGGAGAAGCCAAUGGAAAUCGCCCGCAUCGUUGCCCGCUGUUUGUGGGAGGAGCAAAGGCUGUUGCAGACUGCCACCUCUACUGCACAGGAUGGUCAAGCGGCCCAUCCCACCGGAACAGUGGUGACAGAGAAGCAGCAAAUACUAGAGCACAAUCUCCAAGACAUCAGGAAGCGUGUGCAGGAUAUGGAACAGAAGAUGAAAAUGCUUGAAAACCUGCAAGAUGAUUUUGACUUUAACUACAAAACCUUGAAAAGCCAAGGAGAGCUGUCACAGGACCUCAAUGGAAACAGCCAGGCAGCUGCCACAAGACAGAAGAUGGCUCAGCUCGAGCAAAUGCUUAGCGCCCUGGACCAGCUCAGGAGGCAAAUCGUGACAGAGAUGGGAGGCCUUCUGACGGCCAUGGAUUACGUGCAGAAGAAUCUAACUGACGAGGAACUGGCAGACUGGAAGAGAAGACAGCAAAUCGCCUGCAUCGGAGGCCCCCCUAACAUUUGCCUCGAUCGCCUUGAAACAUGGAUCACAUCCUUGGCUGAGUCCCAGCUCCAGAUCCGUCAACAGAUUAAGAAACUGGAGGAGCUUCAACAGAAAGUGUCCUACAAGGGCGACCCCAUCAUUCAGCACCGGCCGGCUUUGGAGGAGAAGAUCGUGGACCUGUUCAGAAACCUCAUGAAGAGCGCUUUUGUCGUUGAAAGACAGCCUUGUAUGCCCAUGCACCCAGACAGACCGCUGGUCAUCAAGACAGGAGUGCAGUUCACAACAAAAGUCAGGUUGCUUGUAAAGUUUGCUGAGCUCAAUUACCAGCUCAAGAUUAAAGUUUGCAUUGACAAAGAAUCUGGUGACGUCGCUGCGAUUAGAGGGUCUCGAAAGUUUAACAUCCUCGGUACCAACACAAAAGUCAUGAACAUGGAGGAAUCCAACAACGGUAGCCUAUCAGCAGAGUUUAAACACUUGACCCUGCGAGAACAGAGGUGCGGCAACGGCGGCCGGACCAAUAGCGACGCCUCCCUUAUUGUAACAGAGGAACUCCAUCUAAUCACGUUUGAGACAGAAGUCUAUCACCAGGGUCUAAAGAUCGAUCUGGAGACUCACUCCCUGCCAGUGGUCGUCAUUUCAAACAUCUGCCAGAUGCCCAACGCCUGGGCUUCCAUCCUGUGGUACAACAUGCUCACUAAUCACCCGAAGAACGUGAACUUCUUCACCAAGCCUCCAGUGGGAACCUGGGACCAGGUGGCUGAGGUGCUGAGCUGGCAGUUCUCUUCAACCACCAAGAGAGGCCUGACCAUUGAGCAGCUCACCACGCUGGCUGAGAAAUUACUUGGGCCUUGUGUGAACUAUUCUGGAUGCCAAAUAACAUGGGCCAAGUUCUGUAAGGAAAACAUGGCUGGCAAAGGCUUCUCCUUCUGGGUGUGGCUGGACAACAUCAUUGACCUGGUGAAGAAGUACAUCCUCGCUCUGUGGAACGAGGGAUACAUCAUGGGUUUUAUCAGUAAGGAGAGGGAGAGAGCCAUUCUGAGCCCCAAGCCUCCUGGCACGUUUCUUCUGCGCUUCAGCGAGAGCAGCAAAGAGGGCGGCAUCACAUUUACAUGGGUGGAGAAAGACAUCGGAGGAAAGACCCAGAUCCAGUCGGUGGAGCCGUACACCAAGCAGCAGCUCAGCAGCAUGUCGUUUGCCGACAUCAUCAUGAGCUACAAGAUCAUGGAUGCCACCAACAUCCUGGUCUCGCCUCUCGUCUACCUCCAUCCGGACAUCCCGAAGGAGGAGGCCUUCGGGAAAUACUGCAGGCCAGAGGCGGCUCAUGAGCCCGAGGCGGCAGGAGACUCGACGAGCACCAUCCAGCCGUACUUGAAGACAAAGUUCAUCUGCGUGACCCCGUGUCCCUCCGUGUUCAUGGACUUGCAAGACAGUGAGCUGCUUGGGAACGGAUUCCCAGGCACAAACUCUGGGAACACCAGCGAACUGUUCGUCAUGUCGCCUCACACCCUCGAAUCCCUCGACUCUCUGAUGCCCGUCGAAGCAGACGCUAAUCAAGGACAUUUGGACUCGAUCACGCUGAACAUGGACGUAGCAUCUCCCAUGUGAAAACAAACAUCGCACUCUUGUUGUCUCCCUUUUGUUGGGAUUUGACCUCUUAUGUGUGUGGAUCUACUAAUGAUUUAUUUCUCUCUGUACACACCGUCUGCCUGUAUAGUUUUUCUCGCUCCUGUGUAAAAUUACUCUCCAUCACCUUUUAAAGAAAAGAUUUUUAUUAAUUUUUUUUUAAUGUAUGGUCUUUUUAAAAACAAAAACAGCUCCCUAUACAUUUGGGUCGUUCUGUUUGUGUGAACCUGUUGUUUUUAUUUUUAUUCAGCAUUUAUUUUCCUUCUUUAUUUUGUUAAACUAAAUGCCUACAUACAUAGGGAAAUAUAUUUUUUUGAGAAUACUGUCUUGUUUAUUAACAUUUUAAAUGGUUUAUGUUUUUGUGGAAAAGGUAAAUGCGUAUAGUAUAAGUUUUUGUAUAAGCUAUGUGCUGUUUUUAAGUUGUACUGGAUCAAAUGCCAUUUUUUUUUUUUUAAAUCUUCUUUAAAAUGACCCUACAAUGAAUGAUGUCAAAUUGGCUUCUCCUUCCAAACACCAGUUGUUUUUUUUAUAACAACUGGUGUAUAAUGCAUAAUGAAAUAUUCCUGGCAUUUAUUUGAGGCAUCUGAGAUUUUAUAAUUGUUUAUAAUUGUUAUACACGGGGGGAGGAAAGGAAAUAUUUAUAAUAUUUCUGAUUCAGAAAUUAUUCUCAGCUUUGUUCCCCUUAUAGUGCUAAAUGUAAAAUGUGUAUUUAAGGAUGACGCAGCAUUUUCAUUAAAAUGCUGAAAGAUGUGAUAAUGUUAAUUGAGUUGGCAUUUCCAAUCCACAUUUUAUUGUUUCUGUUCUGCAACUGGUAUGAUCAGUCAUGAAAUGUAUCAUUUAUUACCAAUUAAAUAUGUUUCACACAGCACGCA